AGGUGGUACAAACUUCGCUCCAAACCGGGGAGGAAGGAAAAGGAGAGAGGAGAGAUCGAGGUGGAUGUCCAGUUUAUGAGGAGCAACAUGACAGCCAGUAUGUUUGAUCUGUCCAUGAAGGACAAAUCUCGCUCUCCCUUUGGGAAGCUCAAAGACAAGCUCAAGGGCAAGAGGAGCAGUGGCCUGUCAGACACGGCAUCAGCGAUCGUUCCCAGCACAAGCCACUCCCCGCUUGACAGCGAGGAUGAGUUUGUUGAGGAGGAGAAGAAGAAAUCCAAGUUCAAGACGCUGUUCUCCAAACCUGGGCUGCAGAAGACCUCCCUGUCCCAGUCCAUGUCAGUCUUGCCGACACAGCAAUCUGUCACCCAGAAGGUGAAGCUGAGGCCUAGUGACUUCAAGCUGCAGCUUGAUGAGGACGAGUCCGACACCUCCCCGAGCUCAGGACGAGCCUUUGGAAAUGCCCUGGAAGAGAAGCGAGGUCCUUCUCCUCUGUUUAAAUCCCGUAAGACAGCAGUUCUGGACAGCAGGCAGCUAACCCAAGGAACCACUAACCACACCAAGAAGGAAGGGCUCUCUUUGUUUAGUGGCCUUAAAUCCAAAAGCGAUCCCGUGUCCAAGUCCAGUCUGUGUAUCAAUGGCAGCCACGUUUAUAUGGAAGAGACAAAGGACACCACUCCAACGUCCUCCCCCUCACCUCACAACUUCAGAAGGAAGCAGCUCUUUGCCUCAGAGGAGAACCUGUCCUCCAGGGCCACUAAAGCACCUGAAGAGACAGGAAGAACCUCUCCCAGUCAGGCUUUCUCUGGGUCAGCAUCCUUGGAGACCUUCAAAUCCAUGACUUUGCCAUCAUACAAGCUGCUGAGCAGUGAGGAACACCUGGACAUGAGUGUUCCACCAACCAGUGAGGCUGUUAGGGACACCAAAAAACCAGAGAACAGAAAGUCUACCUUGCUCUCCCUGGUUGCUGGGAAGAAGGAAACAACAAAGGCCAGUGAUGCUGAGAAUAUUCCUGACAGGACCCUGCAGAGUGAGGAGAACAAGAUUCCAGAAGAGAAGAGUGAAGAGAAGGCCAAAAGCCUUGAACUCCCAGCAGAGCUGGGCAGAGGGAGCCCAUCAGGAGAUGCUCAGCCCACAGAUGACACCUUCAACAACAAGCAGCCACUCGACCCUUGCGAGGAGGAACGGAAACCUGAGAAAGCUGCUGCUGCAGCCAAGACCAAAGCUGUGAAGCCCAGACUCCAUCCUGUGAAACCAAUGAAUGCCACAGCAAACAAGCCUCAAAGUAAAACCCUGAAUGUCAUCAGCACCAUGAGCGAAAAGAUGCUGGAGAUGAGUGUGAAGAAAUAUGAUCCUUCAGAGCCUGCCUAUGCAUAUGCUCAGCUGACACACGAUGAGCUGAUCCAGCUGGUGCUGAAGCAGAAGGAUAUGAUUACCAGGAAGGAUCUGCAGGUGCGAGAGCUCGAGGACUACAUUGACAACUUGCUCGUCAGGGUCAUGGAAGAAACCCCAAACAUCCUCCGUGUCUCCAUGUCUGGGAACAAGAAAGCUGGGAAGAUGUGA